CGGCGACGUCUGUGAUCUUCCAUCGCUGUCAGCGCACAGAGUAAUUCCUCCGUCACCUGGUAGUGUGCAGGGUGUGGAGGGGACUAAAAACGCACUCAUUUGGAACUAGAUUAGCAUCGGUUUAGGAAACAAUCGUUAAAGUGGCAGCCAGCUAUGGUUGACCCGUCUGAGCCAGAGGAGCAGACCAAGGGGAAACAGAUGGAUGCCUUGCCGGUGGCCUCUCCACCCACCAGACUACCAGACCAGGCCUCUCCACCCACCAGACUACCAGACCAGGCCUCUCCACCCACCAGACUACCAGACCAGGCCUCUCCACCCACCAGACUACCAGACCAGGCCUCUCCACCCACCAGACUACCAGACCAGGCCUCUCCACCCACCAGACUACCAGACCAGGCCUCUCCACCCACCAGACUACCAGACCAGGCCUCUCCACCCACCAGACUACCAGACCAGGCCUCUCCACCCACCAGACUACCAGACCAGGCCUCUCCACCCACCAGACUACCAGACCAGGCCUCUCCACCCACCAGACUACCAGACCAGGCCUCUCCACCCACCAGACUACCAGACCAGGCCUCUCCACCCACCAGACUACCAGACCAGGCCUCUCCACCCACCAGACUACCAGACCAGGCCUCUCCACCCACCAGACUACCAGACCAGGCCUCUCCACCCACCAGACUACCAGACCAGGCCUCUGCACCCACCAGACUACCAGACCAGGCCUCUCCGCCCACCAGACUACCAGAUCAAGCCUCUCCACCCACCAGACUACCAGAUCAAGCCUCUCCACCCACCAGACUACCAGACCAGGCCUCUCCUCCCACCAGACUACCAGAUCAGGCCUCUCCACCCACCAGACUACCAGACCAGGCUGAUGGGAAAGCAACAGAGGAGGGCGAGGAUGGGGGUGGCAAUGAUGCAGAGACCACACCCAUACACUCUGCUGGGCUGGGGGAGAGGAUGGUAGCUCCUCCCCCUGUUGCACAGGAGGCCAGUCCUCCCAGUCCAAACACCCAGCCCCAGCUUCAGGGCCCUCCGGAGAGGCAGCUUCAGCUUCCUCACCUUGCCCCUCCAGACUUCCAGCCUCCCACUCCACAUACCCAGCUACAGAGCCCUCAGGUCAGUCUGGAGGCAGCAACCCCCCUGUCGAACAGCAGCCAAGCUCUGAACCCUCUACCUCAAGACCUCCAGCCUCCAAGCGGCGACCCAGAGCCCAGAGAACCAUGCCCCAAGCUGCACCUGGACCUAUAUAACUUCGACACCCCGGUGGCAGAGGGAAGCCGUUAUGUCCUGACCAGCCCCCGCUCCUUGGAGGCCUGCGCCCGCUGCGGGGUCAAACCCGUGGAGAUCUUGUCGCGCCCGUUGUCAGACUUCGCCCGCGAGGCCCCGGGACGCUCCAUGCGCGUGGCGACGGGCAUGUUUGAGGUGUAUGAGAAGGACAGGCACGCCAAGCUGAGAGCAUGCCGGGAGGAGAGAGACAGGAUCAUACGGGAAGAUAAGAGGAGAAUCCUUCAGGCUGCAUCAUCAACAGAGGAACAGCACAGAGCACCAGUCACAUCCAGCUUAACGCCGCUAUCUAAACCAGGCCCUGUGGCCUCUAGUCCUACUAAAUCUAAACCUUCCCCCAGUAGUAUAGGACGGGCCUCUAGAGCUGCUUCUACAACACCAGGUCCAAGCAUUAAUAAAACUAGUACAAAUCUUCUAGCUAAAAGUAGCUCUCUGCAGUCUUCUAAGAGCAGCUCAUUCAGCUCUGCGUCCUCAUCAUCUAGAGGUCUGGACUGUGGUUUUGGUUCAGCUAAACAUCCUAAAUCCUCAGAACUAACCAAAGCACCCCGCCCUGUCUCAGGUCCACCUCCAGUGGUCAGAAAGAUCCCCAGCAGCAGCACCACCACCACCACUCCGAAAGCCUCCAACACCUUCCCCAGAUCAGCCUCCAAACCUUCCUCUUUCCCCAGAACAACCACCUCCAUGACAUCCACCAUCUUCAAGAGUUCCGUGCAGAGCCCAGUCACCCCGACUACAGCAGCUCUCAAUGGCAUCACAGGGGGUCUCGGAGGGCCGUUCCCUCACCACAACGGCCACCCUGUGUCCACUCCAAAGGGCAGAGGGAAGAGCCACUCCCUUGAGUCCCUACAAAGGAGGAUGGAUACAAUCUCCACCUCUACCACCACCUCCACCACCACCUGCACCUCCUCUGGAGAGGAGUCCGGCGCCUCCUCCUCCUACAGCUGGGAUGGACCCAGAGACCCCUGGGCCAAGUCCUCCUCCCCCCGUGCCCGCACCCUGGCCACCUUCAACUCCUUGAUGGGGAGGAGCCUUAGCCUUGGGGACCUCAGCCACUCCCUCCAGACCACCCAGAAGGUAGAGCGUAUCGUCAAGGAGGUGCGGCGGCGGGGGCUGAAGGCGGUUCCAGAGCGGGACAGGAAGAUCGCUGCUCUGAUGCUGGCUCGGUACCAGGAGGAGGACAUCAUGAGCCAGACGCGCUACGUGGCUCACCUGCAGUGGGACAGCGAGAAGCGCCUGGGGGACCUACAGCGGGAGCAGGAGGACCGGGAGAAGCAACGGGCGGUGCUGCAGUGCCAGCGGGCGUGGCAGUCGCAGGUGUCCCACCGCCAGCGUCGGCUCAGCCAGCAGGAGAGAGAGUCGUCGGCCGCUAAGCUGCGUCAGGUGGCGGAGAGCGAGGAGCGGUGGAGGGAGCUGGCAGAGCUACAAGAGAGCAGUAGGCAGCAGAGGCUCCAGCAGGCUGCCAGGGAGGAGAAACAGAAGAAGGAACAGCAGGAGCAGAACCUCAAGGCUCUAGAGGAGGACAGGGCUGCAGUGCUGGAGCAGGAGCAGCUACUCCUCAAGGAGAAACUUACCAUUGCUGAGCUGAAGAAGCAGGAGAAGGAGCACCAGGCCCACGAGGAGCGCCGGGGACUGAACCGGGCCGAGAGGAGGCGCCACGCAGCCCUGAUCAAGGAGAUCGCCCGGAGAGAGGAGGAGGAGCGGGAGGAUGCACGGAAGGCUGCUGAGGAGAAGCUGAGCCGUUCCCUGGAGAACUAUGAACAGAUCGUAGAGAGGAGAGACAAAGACCUGAAGGAGAAGGCUAAGAGGGAGGAGCAGCAGAUUCAGAAGGCAAGGAGGUCUGCGGAGAAUAGGGAGAAACAGCAGCAACAGCAGGUGGAGGCCCGGGCCAAGGAAGCAGAGAGACGGGCCCAGCAGGCAGCUCUGGUGGCAGAGGAGAGGGCCAAGGAGAAAUCCCAGAGAGCAGUACAGAGCAGGCAGGAGAAGGAGAGACUACAACGACUCAACAGACAGCGUGUGGAAGGGGAAGAGCUAGCCAGGAGGAUGGAGCUCCUCCAGUCCAUCGAGAGGAAGCUGGAGAAGAGUGAGCAGAUCUUCAGGGAGAAGAGAGCCGUGCUGGAGAGCGCUCGCUCUACCGCCCGCGCCUCCUUCCACGUACGGGACCGGGUCAGGGAGGAGACCAACAUGAGGACCUUUGAUAAGAUGGAUCUAGAGGCCCAGUUCCAGUUCAAAGCCAGCCUUGAUGACAAGUGAUGAGGCACACCUUCAUGCUACUGGUGAACUACUGGUUACUGGUAACUACUGGUUACUGGUAACUACUGGUUACUACUAGUUAAUACCCUGGACUACUGGUAACUACUGGUUACUACCCUGGACUACUGGUAACUACUGGUUACUACCCUGGACUACUGGUUCCUGGUAACUACUGACUACUCUAGACUACUGGUAACUACUGGUUACUACCCUGGACUACUGGUAACUUCUGGUUACUACCCGGGACUACUGGUUCCUGGUAACUACUGACUAGCCUGGACUACUGGUAACUACUGGUUACUACCCAGGACUACUGGUUCCUGGUACCUACUGACUACCCUCGACUACUGGUAACUACUGGUUACUACCCGGGACUACUGGUUCCUGGUAACUACUGAUUACCCUUGACUAAUGGUAACUACUGGUUACUAACCUGGACUACUGAUUCCUGGUAACUACUGACUAGCCUGGACUACUGGUAACUACUGGUUACUACCCGGGACUACUGGUUCCUGGUAACUACUGACUACCCUGGACUACUGGUAACUACUGGUUACUACCCUGGACUACUGGGAACUACUGGUUACUACCCGGGACUACUGGUUCCUGGUAACUACUGACUAUCCUCGACUACUGGUAACUACUGGUUACUACCCUGGACUACUGGUAACUACUGGUUACUACCCGGGGCUACUGGUUCCUGGUAACUACUGACUACCCUGGACUACUGGUUCCUGGUAACUACUGACUAACCUGGACUACUGGUAACUACUGGUUACUACCCGGGACUACUGGUUAGUGGUAACUACUGACUACCCUGGACUACUGGUUCCUGGUAACUACUGACUACCCUGGACUACUGGUUCCUGGUAACUACUGACUACCCUGGACUACUGGUUCCUGGUAACUACUGACUACCCAGGA